AAGAAGCUGAAAAACAAGGAAGUGAAUGAUUGUGAAGCCGUAACCAGUUAUAAGGCCGUGACAAGACACGCAGAGCUCCGUUAAAUCUGAUAUUCCUCAGUCUCCGGAUCAGCCCAGAACAAUGAACAACAAAGGUUCAUAUCCACAGCAGGCUGUGUACCCUCAGCAGAGCACUGCACCUGUAUACCCUCCUGCUAUGCAAAUGUCUCCUCAGGCACCUCCUUACACAGACACACCACCUGCAUAUUCUGAGAUAUACCAGCCCAGAUAUGUGCUUCCACCUCAGGUGCCUGGUCAGUUGCCACAGAUGUCCUCUCCCUACCCUGGUGCUCAGGUGUUCAUGCCCAUGCAGCCACAUAUGUCUGUUGGGGCGAUGGGUCAGAAUGUCCCCAUGGCUUACUACCCCAUGGGAGCUGUUUACCCCCCUGGUUCAACAGUGAUGGUGGAUGGCGGCUUUGAUGCUGGUGCUCGCUUCACAGCAGGCAGCAGUGUUUCCAUCCCACCCCCACCUCCUGGACAUCCCCCCAACGCAGCUCAGCUGGCUGCCAUGCAGGGUGCCAAUGUCUUAAUGACACAGCGCAAGAAUAACUUCUUCCUGGGUGGAUCCAGUGGAGGUUAUACCAUCUGGUAACAGCAAGUCCUCAAGUCCUCCUCCAUGCCUAAAUCGUGUCCCCGUCCCAAACGAAGCCCCAGUUCUUCCCCCAUCCCAUAUGCCUCCCUCUUCAGGCUGCUUGGCCAUGCCACAAUACUGAUAUCACCUAACGGAAUGUAAUAUUUUAGAGCCCUCAUUAAAGGUACAGUACUCCACUUCUGACCUAGAGAUCAAAUUAAUGAGGACAAACGGACAAAUGCAAAUUUUUAAUGUUGUAGAAUUCAUUCCAUAAUUCUCCAUUGGGUCAAACUUCUUUGGUCAUUCCAGAUCGGACCUCGUUCAGGCAUCUGUAUUUGCUCAUGAGACCUCGUCUCCUUUAAUUGAAUGGAUCACAAAUAAGAUGUACUUGUAUACCUGUAAAGCUACGUAAAUGAAAUGUUGAAAUAUCAGACCUGCAUCAUAUAGUUUAGCUGCUUUAUGGUAAAAGUGAAAUGCAUUUACAAAGUUGCAGUGAGAGCGUUAAAAAAAAAAAAAUCACCAUUUGUCUUUUUUGAAAACUUUUAGUGUAGUUGAAUUAAUAGAUGUGUAACAUUUCCAUGUAAAUACCAGUAUGAUGAUCAUGAGAAAUAACAUCUUGACUAUACAAAAAAAAAUAAAAGAUUAAGCAUCUUGGAUGCUUUUUAGCUAGAAUUGUCUUGUACUUGCACAGUAUCCAAAAUACCACAUCAAAUGUGUCGCACAGUGAACUGUCAAUCUGACAGAUUUGUUGUCUUUAAAAUCACUUGUAAAUUAAAUAAAUUAAAAAUGAAAGCAAAUAAUUCAAGAAAAGAUUUCAUGCAAUAUCUAAAGUGGUUUACUGUACCUUGUUGGGCAACUUGUAGAUGAACAUAGUCAAGUGCCAAAGAGCACUGGGGAUAGCCCUUAUUUAAAGCAAAUUAACUUCAGUAAACUUAAAGGAAAGAAAUUUAAAGUAAAUCCAAAUAGUAAGUUGAAUGGGAAGGGGUGGUUGGUGUAACAUUUUAGCUUUUUUUUGUCUCCUGUUUCUGUUUCACAGUCGGAUACCCAGAGUUUAUACACUAAAUGUUUUACUGUGCAGAUUUCAAGAACUACUCUCCAUUGUUUCUCUUUGUCUUUCCACACGAGUACCAUCUGGUAAAGUAUUUAUUCACCGUAGGGAAAACGUCACCUUUGUGAUAGCAUUAGUUUUUAGGCAACAUUUUUAAAGGUUGAGGAGACUUUAUUGAAUAUAUAAGUGUUUACUUUUUUUUUUUUCUUUCAUUACUUCUCCACAUGUAAGUGAUCUACAUGAGUAGUUAGGCUAAUAAAUUUGUUAGUAUAACCAAUGAGCUGGUUGUACCAAAGAUUUGGUCGACGAUGCACUUAUGUUUGGUUGUGACCCUGAAAUUUAAAUUGUCACAAUUUAAAAGCAAACAUAUCAUGCAGUUAUGAGAUUGUUGGUACCUAAACCUUCAGUAUCACAUGUUAGUUAAUGUAUUAAUGUCACUUUAUGUGGGUUAAUUGCAUCUUUAAGUCGUUGCAUACUUUUGCACCUUUGCUAUGUAAAAAUUUGAUUAAAUACUUUUUAUCUGAGAUGCACUGCUAAGCAAAUCUGAGUGGUUGCAGAUAAGGGGCUACUCUCUCUCUCUCUUUCUCUCUCUCUCUCUCUCUCUCUCUCUCUGUUAUUUUUUUUAAUUUUUAUUCUGUUUUCAUGACUUUUUAAAAGAAAGCUGUGAGAUUUUUGAACAUUUUAAGAUAGUAAAAUUCAUCAAGUUUGAAAGUAACAAGAUGUGUCGUGUUGUUCAGUAGCCUGGAAGUGUACGCAAACGUUUUCAGUGAGGCUAUAUCACUGUCCUCAUCACGGUUCAUUUAAAACAUCGUUUUUGUGCUGGUUUAAAACUUCUUUAAAAUAUUUACCUUAUAUGUUGUGUUUCAAACUUAAAUAAACUAAAUCUAAAACUAGGUAAGUCAGUAUAGAUACCACGGACAUAUAUGUGUAGAUAUUCUUCAUUUUUGGUGUCUGGUAGCGUCAAUGUGUCACUGGGUAUCCGACACACCAUAUCAAGUUUUAACAGCUGUGGCCGCCAGAAAAAACAAAAGCUGUUUCUGUCAACCAACAUCGAGCGAUUUCAGCCGCAUUUUAGUCCGAAAAGAGCAGCUGUCUGGAAAUGUGCUUCAUUCCAUGAGACGAACCUUCUCUCAUCAGCUCAUACACAAACCUACUUACACCAGGCGUGACUGACGCGUCACUCGUGUUUUUAAAAAAAUGGCUCAGUAUUCAUUUACUCUCACUCAUGCUGCCAUUUCAUACAGCUUUGCUGGGGAAGAGGCCACAGCUAUCAAAGCUUUUAAAUUAUGAUUCAAACAAAUGUUUCGUUUUACUUUUAUUUUUAUCCAUCUUCUGCUCUGAUUGUGUGUAAAGCAGCAUGACGGUGGCUUUGUCCCAGCAAUAUGAAGUACUGUAAAUUACAGCUGACCAGUAGAUGCUAUGCCAACCACAGCCAGCAAAUGGAUCACCCUUUGUUGAAGGAUAAUGGACAUUUAUAGUUCAGGGAUUCUCUUUACAAUAUUUUGUAAAAAAUAGAUGUAUGUACUAAAGUGAUGUGGUAGACUUUGGUACACGUUCUAUCUUUUAAGAUUACUAAAGGAGAUGAGUGUCAAAGAUGGAAUACUUUGAAAAAAAAAAAAGAACUUAGGUGCACUUAACUUUUUUAUACUAAACUUAAAAUUUAAAAUGUAAGUUUAGAAUAAAGGUUAUUUUGGAAAUUUGAAAUGCUGCAUGUUUGUUUUAAUUUUAUUCGUAUAUACAGUCGGGUCCAAAAGUCUUGAGUCCGCUAGUUUAAAUACUUCUGUUCUGCAUUUGUUUCAAAUGUAAUAAUGUUUUCUUUCCUUAAAAAAAUAAUCAAAUCAACUUAACAAGUUAAGUCAAAUGUUACAUGUUGUUAAAAUGUAGAUGAAUUUAGGAGCAUCUUAGUAUUUGGCAUGUCCCCCUUUUGCUGAAAUGAAAACAUGCACUUGAACUGGCACAGACUCCACAAGUUUGUGUGGAACCUGAUGACUCAUGUUAUCGCAGCAUGAUUUGACCGUAUUCCAGCGAGCUUCUUGCGACGUCAGAGGACGCUCGGCUUUCUCAAUCUUGGAGUGCCCCCGUAACUGUUGAGUGGAACACGGUCCAAUCAUGCUGCGAUAAACAUGAGUCAGGACUGCAGGGACUCUGCAGCCGUGGGAUUCCUACAACAACUCAGAAGAUUUUCCACAGAAUCGAAAUAGGUAGUAUUCUGCUCGUCAGACCCAGAACAUUAACACAUUCCCACCCAUGUCUGGUUCGGUCGUGUGUCAUCUUUAGUUCGGGUUAAGAUGAGAUGUUUGUGGUGCCGUGUGACGAUGCAUCAAAAACUGGAUUUCUGGCUGAGGAACAAAACAUUUAUUUCAGCCUUCUUAAGAUCAUUUUAGGUUGUAUUAAUGUGUUAUGUUUGCUUAUUUCUUUCCUCAAAAAAAAAAAAAAGUAAAGAAAGAGACCACUUAAUUCUGCAGAUUUUCAUUCUGGAUCACCACUGAAAGAUCAGUAGAUUCUGUUUGGACCUGCAGGUAUUACAAGAACUUGUAGAAUCCGUGCCAGCUCAGGUGCAUGCCGUCAUUAGAGCAAAAGGAGGAGAUAUUAGGGAAAUUCAUGUGCAUUUUUCACAACUGUUGAGCUGUUACUGUCGUUUGUAAUGAAAGUGAUGAAAAAUUAGCAUCGCAUUCAAAACAAAGGCAAAACAGAAGUAUCUCGACUGGCGGUCUCUUUUGGACUCUACUGUACAAUGUUUCCGAACAAGGGGAGGUAUUUAUUUCAAGACUGCGAUCUGAGAUAACAUCUGGGGUUGUGUGGGUUAUUAUGAUGUUGUGGUUAUAACUAAAUGUGGUAUUUUCCUUGCCAGAUUCAUCACAGGUAAUGGAUAGUUUGAUAAACCUGGUGGAUGCUUCUACUUGCUUAGCCUUCAUACCAAAAUCCUGAAAGAUUUUUUUGUCAGAAGUCAUUCUCACCUCAGUAUAUGUACUGUAUGAAAGAACCAAUAGUCCCAGCUAAACUAUUGUCACUUUGAUAUAAAAGGUAUUGAGUCAAAAA